AUGAUUCCUGCUGUCUUUCUGGCUGUAAUGUGCUUGGGAGUGGCCUCAUCUACUCCAUCACUUGAUCCCAUUUUGGAUGCUGAUUGGCAGAUGUGGAAGAUUAAAUAUGGAAAAACAUACAGUCUGGAGGAAGAAGGACGGAAGAAAGCAGUAUGGGAAGAAAAUACGAAGAUGAUCAAAUUGCACAAUGGGGAGAAUGGCCUGGGGAAGAAUGGUUUCGCCAUGGAAAUGAAUGAAUUUGGUGACAUGACUGGUGAAGAAUUCAGGAACAUGAUGAUUAAUUUCCAAGUCCCAACUCUUAAGAAAGAGAAAAAUGUCCAGAAACAUCUGGCUGGUGAUGUGCCCAAUUUUUUAAACUGGAAAAAAAGAGGUUAUGUUACCACUGUGCGGAGACAGAGUGACUGUAAUGCUUGUUGGGCUAUUUCUGUGGCUGGUGCCAUAGAAGGACAGAUAUUCCGGAAAACAGGCAAACUGAUUCCUCUGAGUGUACAGAACCUAGUGGACUGUUCUAGAUCUCAUGGUAAUGAGGGCUGUUACAGAGGUAAUACAUACCUUGCAUUUGAGUAUGUGAAAGACAAUGGAGGUCUGGAGUCCGAGGCAACGUAUCCAUAUGAAGACAAGGAAGGACCCUGCAGGUACAGUCCGGAUAAUUCUAUUGCUAAUAUCACAGGUGUUCUGUUAGUCCCACAGAGUGAGAAUGCCCUAAUGUAUGCUGUGGCAACUAUAGGUCCCAUUUCUGUUGCAAUUGAUGCAAGACAUAAUUCUUUCCAGUUCUAUAAACGAGGUAUAUAUUAUGAGCCAUAUUGCAGUAGUCGUAAUAUCAGCCACUCUAUGCUAGUGGUUGGCUAUGGCUUUGAAGGAGAAGAAUCAGAAGGCAGGAAAUAUUGGCUGGUCAAGAACAGCAUGGGCAUUAAAUGGGGCAUUAGAGGCUAUGUGAAGAUCGCCAGAGACCAUAGAAACCACUGUGGAAUUGCUACAUAUGGCAUGUACCCUAUAGUGUGA